UGAAUUUCUAAGAAAAGAAAAAAUUGCACCACGAUUAACGUAAAAAGUGUAAAGUGUAUGCGUAGAUAAAACGAAAUAAAAAAAUAGUGAAAAUCUAAGUUUUAAGUUUUUUUAUAUUGCAUUUAGGUGCUUUAAUUGCCAGUCUUCGGCUUGGCCUUCGAUCUGCGUGAUCUGUGCGUCAAAAUGUGCAGCAGCAAAGUUAAAAAUUAUUUGAUUGCUGCGUUAAUUUAAUUAAGAGUGGCAAUAAGUUUGUUGCUAAUUUUGUAGUGUUAGUUGUUUAAAAUUGUGUUCAUUUAUGCCUGGGAUUAACUGGACGUGUUCUAAUUUGGAUUUAAAUAACACGGCGAAACGUCACAAAAGUUAGCGCUGACGAAACACUGGAACAAAUAAACGACGUCACACUGGAGUCACAAAUACGAUAAACAUUCCAAAAAUUCCACAUUACCUCCCUCCAACUGUUUCGCUCUCUCUUUCUGGCUGCCUCUCUGCAUCUCUCUCACUCCGUACUCUCCCCCGCCCUCUCUCGGCAUGUCACAUGAUAAGAAAAUGUUGGAUCGCGAGGCAGUACGUUCAGUUAUACAGCAAUGGAAUGCCAAUCGAUUGGAUCUCUUUGCGCUCUCCGAACCGGAUGAGAAUCUGCUCUUCCAUGGCGUUAUGCGCUUCUAUUUCCAAGACGCCGGCCAAAAGGUGGCCACCAAAUGCAUUCGCGUUGCCAGCGAUGCCACAGUCACAGAUGUCAUAGACACGUUAAUCGAGAAAUUUCGUCCGGAUAUGCGCAUGCUGUCUGUGCCCAAUUACGCCCUCUACGAGGUGCACGCAAAUGGCGAGGAGCGUCGCCUGAAUCCGGAUGAGAAGCCGCUGCUCGUUCAGCUCAACUGGCACAUUGACGAUCGCGAAGGACGCUUUCUGCUCAAGAAUAUCGAUCAGAAGACAACGCCCAUCGAGCAGUCGGAAUUGAAUUUCAAACGGAAGCUUUCCAAGCGUGAGAAGAAGGAGCAGAAGAAAAAAGAGAAACUGGCCAAGCUCAGCUCUGACGUGCCGCUCUCCAAUGGCAGCCAGCUUGGCGCCAUGGGCAAUGGCGUUGGCAGCGCGGGCGGCGCAGCAGCACACAUGAACGGCAGUGCAGGCGGCGCAGGCAAUGGCGAGGCUGGAGAUGCCGUUGCCGGCAAGCUGUAUACAGAGCUGCCGGAGACGUCGUUCACACGCUCGAUCUCAAAUCCGGAGGCGGUGAUGCGACGCCGACGACAGCAAAAGCUGGAGAAGAAGCUGCAACAGUUUCGUUCACGCGACGGCGGACCCGAUACGGGCGGCACACUGAAAAUCUACGGCGAGAGUCUGUGCCAGGAUGUGCCCUACAAGACGCUGUUGCUCUCGAUACGCGACUGCGCCCAGGCGGUGGUCAGGGAGAUGCUCAGCAAAUAUGGCCUGGAGAAGGCAGAUCCCUUGCACUAUUGCCUCGUACAGGUCAACAGCGAUGGCACAGAGUACAUACUUGACGACGACGAGUGCCCCUUAUCAAUACUCAUGAAUCAUCCGACGUCUCGCGGUUCUAUCAUGUUUCAUGUGCGUCGCCGUCCGGCAGACUCGCAGCCGCGUCGACGCAAGAAAAAGCCAUUGGGCGCUGCCAACGGCGCAAAUCACAUGUCCGGCGAUCGCGAAGGACCUGUCCUGGUCGAAGUGACGCACAGUGGCGAUGGCGGUCGUCGCAUUAAGCUGGGCAGCGAUCCGGUUGAGGUUGGGUCAGCGAACACCAAUUGCCUGCAGCUCUUCGGACCCUCCAUACAGCCAAGGCAUUGUCUCAUCUCGCUGCUGGAGGGCGUUUGCACCGUGACGCCUCUGCACACGGACGCGCUGACCUUCGUCAACGGACAUCACAUUAGCCAGCCAACCAUAUUGCAUAACGGUUCGGUUGUCAUGUUCGGUCGCGUCGCCUCCUACCGAUUCCUGGACUCGCCCACAGAUGGACGCUAUAAUCUGGCCCUGUCGCAAUCCCAGCUGGACUCGGCCUGCCUCUACGAAAGUCGCUCGCCCACAUCUCCGGGGUCCUGGAACGAUGAGGAUGGAGCGCUUAGUUCGACGCAGAAGAGCGAAUACGAGCAGCAUCAGCAGUUGAAUCAAACCAACGCUGGCUACCAUGGCAACUCAGCGGACGCGCACGCUCUCCGGGAUGUGGUGGACAGCAAGCAUGGCAACCAGGAGCAGCAGCAGCAGCAUCAGCAGCAACAGCUGUCCAAUACAGUUGGCAAUUAUGAUGGUCAAAGUUUGGAAGGUAAUCUGGAGAAUGAAAUCAAAUCGAUAUCGAGCAUGAAAUCGAAUGGCUCCAACAGUCAGGACAGAUCGCCCAAGUUACCAGGUGCUGGCGGCCAUUUGUCUGGCGCUGGUGGCAGCGGCUCGGCAGAUGCCCAGGGUCAGGAGCCCAUUUUGCCUGCUGUUCUGGAAUUCCCCGAAACACACCAGGAGCACUUUUUGCGUCACAUCAUCAGCGAAUUGGAUGUGAAUGUGCCGCACUUUAAGCUGGCGCCUGUCUAUUCACUCUACCUGUGUGCCAGAUAUCGCGCCUCCACCCACUAUCGUCCCGAACUGCAGCCCACUGAGCGCGCCCACAAGUUAACCAUAUUUUUGCAUCAUGUGGCGAAUCUGGUCUAUGGCGUUGUCCAAGAGCAGUACACAGAUCCGCGCAUACUCGCCUUUUGGAUGGCAAACAGUUCGGAGUUUUUGCAUUUCCUCAAAUCGGAUCGUCACAUUAGCGCCUUUAGCGUACAGGCACAGGAGGUGCUCGCCGAGGCGGUGCAGACGGCAUUUCGUAAUCUGGUCAAUUGCUUUCGCUUGGAGCUGUCGCAGACUCUGAAUCAAUUUCUCUCGGAGACGAUUGAUCACGAUUCCGCGGCGGGUCUGGUGCUAACAGUGCUUGGCUCGGCGAUGGCUUUGCUGCGACGCUGUCGUGUGAAUGCCGCCUUGACCAUUCAGCUGUUCUCGCAGCUGUUCCACUACAUCAAUGUCAUAUGUUUCAAUACGAUUGUGGCCAAUUCGCACCUGUGCACCGGGGAGUGGGGCAAGGUGAUGACGGAGCGCUUGCAGCUGUUGGAGUUGUGGGCUGAACGACAGGGCUUGGAGCUGGCUGCCGACUGUCAUCUGGCUAAGAUCAAUCAGUGCGCGCAGUUUUUGCAGGCGCCCAAAUCCUCUGUGGAGGAGAUACAGCAAUUGGCCUGCUCCUGCUUUCGGCUGAACUCCUUGCAAAUGGGAGCACUGCUGCAGCAGGAGAAGAUACCACGCAAUCUGGUGGAUACGGCUAUACGCAUGGCCGAAUCUGUGGCCGAUGAACUAACGCGUGCCGACGGCCGCGAAGUGCGACUGGAGGAAUCGCCCGAACUGCAUUUGGCGCUGCUGCUGCCCGACGAUGGCUUCAGCUGUGACGUGGUGCGUGGCAUACCCACCGGCCUGGUUGACUUUUUAAAUCCCCUACAGCAGCAGGGCAUGUGCCGGCUGGCAGCUCAGCCCACAUCCAUUGGACUGUGGACAGUGUACAUGCAUCAAUUUAAUGCACGCAGCUCCAGUGCCAUGUCGAACAAGCUGCCGCAGCCAGAGGUGCAGCUGAUUAAGUUGCACAAGAACAGCAAUGGCAUGGGCCUGUCCAUUGUUGCCGCCAAGGGUGCGGGUCAGGAGCGUCUGGGCAUAUAUAUUAAAAGCGUCGUGCCAGGCGGUGCGGCAGAUGCGGAUGGCAGGUUACAAGCUGGCGAUCAGCUGCUGCGUGUCGAUGGCCAAAGUCUAAUUGGCAUCACACAGGAACGUGCUGCUGACUACUUGGUGCGCACGGGUCCCGUUGUUAGCUUGGAGGUGGCCAAGCAGGGCGCCAUUUAUCACGGCUUGGCAACGCUGCUGCAGCAGCCCAGUCCCGUUAUACAGCGUGGUAAUCGCCGCAUGUCCGAGCGCGAUUUGAGUCGCAUGGGCGGCGCCGAGUCGUCCAAGUCAUUGGGCGGCAUCGGCGGCCCGCUCAUUGCCAAUAGCCAUACGAGUCACAGUCUCAAUCAGCACCUAAAUCUGAGCAAUAGCAACAUCAACAGUAGCCAAACACACAGUCACAACAGCAACAACAUGGGCAACAGCAACAACGUCAUGAGUCCCCUAGCUGCACACCUAUCCUCCAAUAGCAAAUCGGUGCCGGCCCUGCAUCAUCACACGGGAUCUGGCAACAUAUCGCUGGCCAAUUCCAAGUCACGGAGCACGCACAGCUUGCAUAACAAUGGAGGUCAGCCAAAUGGCAGUCACAAUAACCCCAAUCUGAAUCCGAAUCUGAAUGCCAAUGGAAACGCCAACGAGCAAGGCUUCUACCAGAAUUUAAGCGUGUACCGUGCACAAAAUCAAAGUCAACCCAUUUUGAACGAGCGACCCAGCAUGUCUGCGCAUGCCGCCAUGAGCGCCUACAAUGGCAAUUCCCCGCAUGCCGCCACACUGCAACAGCAGCAACAACAACAGCAGCAACAGGCCUCACCCUACCAACAACAUUUGCAGGCUAGCGCUAAUCUGCCCAGUCGUCCCGUUUCCGCCUAUUAUCACAGCCAGCAAAGUGCACAGCAGCAGCUGCAACAGCAACAGCAACAGCAACAGCAGCAACAGCAACAGCAGCAGCAACAUGCACUGCAACAGCAGCAAUUCGCACACAGCAGCAGCAAUCUCAAUGGACAGCAGCUGACGUUGAACAAUCGUGUGAAGAAUCAGCCAAACUUUCAGCACACGCUGCGUAUGCAGCAAAUGUUAGCACCUUCCAUGCCCAACAUCAGCAACAUGUACCAGCAGCAGCAGCAGCACCAACAGCAACAGCAACAGCAGCAGCAGCUGUCGCAGCAACAGCCGCCUAUGAGUGCCAGCCAGAGCAUGCAGAAUGUGAAUGAGUUUGUGUCGGGCUAUCAAAAUGGUGGGCUCGACUAUCAGCAACAUGCGCGACGCAGUCAGCUGCAUGAGGCAGCUGCACUCUACGAGUUGCAGCAGCAACACCAGCAACAGCAGCAGCAACAGGCUUCGCCAAACUUUAUAACGCUGCCACCAAAGCCUAUUGGCAGCUUACAAUCGCCAAACAAGCCAGUAGGACCGCCCAGCACGGCGCCCAAGCCACAGCAACAACAGCAACAGCAGCAGCGACUGCAGCAGCAACAGGCAGGCUAUCUGCCCAGUCAUGUGCUGGCCGAGGAUAAGCCUCCAUUGCCGCCAACAGCGACGCAUCCGCUGUUCAAGGCCACGCAGCAGCUGGCGCCGGGCAUGAAUUAUGUGGCCAGCACUCUGGAUCCACCUAAAGGCAGCUUUUUGCCUGCAAGCCAGUCAGCAGCACGAUCGCUGCACAGCGGCAGCAAUCCCUGGGAGCGUGAGGAGCGCGAAAAGGAUUUGGAAAUGCGGCGCGAGCACAUAAGGCAAUGGCGAGAACAGCAGAUCGCAGAGCUAUCGGCCAUAUUGGCGCGUAGUCCACAGCAGGAGGAGCAGCUGAAGACGCUUAUACUCGAGCGCGACUUUGAGCGGCGUGCACAGGAGCUGCAGGAGCAGGAGGAGGAGCAUGAUCAGGCCUACGACAAGGAAAAUGUGCAAGAGCUGUUCCGUUUGUCAGCGAGCGGUCAGGUGCAGGUCAGUGCCAUACAAACGCCCAUUACCAGCUACCGUCAGACAGAGAUCAAGCUGACCGAGAUCGGGGAGAGCAGUCCAGUUGAACCUGCAGCACCACCUGCAACAUCAUCAGUGCCAGCUGCAUCAGCAGUAACUUCGGCAGCAACAUCCACACAACCGCAGCCCAAGAGCAUACUGAAACACAAUCGCUACACGGAAGGCGGCACAGCUGGCAGCUCUGUGGGUGCUCCCUCUUCGCCCUCCAAGUCACAAAAAUCAGCUAGUUUCGCUGACGAACGACAUCUGCAAACGGAGCAUCCCAUAUCCAGCCUGGCCAAGGAGCUGACCCAGCUGAGCAUGCUGGACAAGGACAACAAUAACGAGACAGCCUUAGAUGGUUCAGUGCCACCGCCGCCACCACCUGAGCGCAAUAGCUCCUAUUUGAUUAUGUCACAGCAGAAGCUGCGCGGCAGCGUUGGAGGCAACUCGUCCUCCAGCUCUUCGAUAGGACUGCUGAAGACGGCCACCAGCAAUCAGGCAGCCGCCGUGGAGGUGAAGAAGGCCACAAUGCAUGGCAUCACAAAUAAUAAUAAUAACAAUAGCUUGAACAAUAAUACAAUGCAAGCGUCGCCGCUGAGUGCAAUGGAAUUGAAUGCCGCCUAUGUGUCAGCCACGGGCACGGGCAUGAGUAUGGGCACGCCGCCGCCUUUGCUGCAGCGGGACAACAAGCGCGUGAGCUUCCAUGAUGAGGACAACAACUUGAUGUCCCAGCAGCAGCAGCAGCAGCUGUUGCAACAACAACUGCAACAGCAACAGCAGCAAUAUCUAUUGGAUAGCUACGCGCUGGAGCAUCAGGAUUUGGAUACCAUACGCGAGGAUGCAAGCUACAUGCAGCACAAUGUGGAUGUCUCCAUGUUGCCCUCGAUGCCUGCCACGCCGGAUGCGGCGCUCUGGAAUACCACAGUGCAAUCAACGCCUGGCGUCAUAGGCGCCCAGGAGGUGUACAGAGAUCCUCGAACACGUCGGUUGGCGGAGAAGCAGCAACAGCAGCAACAACAACGCGCCGGCGAUGCGGUGCCCGAGAAGCUCUCGUUCAAGGAGAAAAUGAAGAUGUUUGCCCUGGAAUCGGGCGAAGAUAACACGCCCAAGGAUAAGCUGAAGAUAUCUCGAGCGCAACGAGACAUUGAUGCAGUGCACUGAGAGCACCUAUAAAUUAUAUCAUAAGAAUCAUAAGCAGUAGUACAUCCACACAUUCACCUAAUCACUCAGUCGAAUUGUGGGCCAACCGCGCUAUAUAACUACAAAUAUAUAUAUAGAUAGAUAUAUAUAUGGACCACACAUAGCAGACAUAUGACAAAACCUAACGAAUUUGCAUAGCAUCCAAUAGUUACUGCAUUACGAUCUAUAUAGAUGGACUAGUUGCGUAGUAUGUGUAGCUAACAAGAGUUGAUAACGUUAACUGAAUUCAAUUAGUGAAAAGAAAAAUUAGCAUAUUAAACCAUAGUCUUCAUAUACACCAUAUACAUAUAUUAUGAUUUAGAAAGCCUAGACAGGGCAACGAACGUUGGGCGAGCCACAUUUGUAAAGCUUAAUGCGAAUAUAUAUAUG